GUUCCAGGUCUUCCUGGAUGGACUUUAGCAUCGGACACAAAGCAGGAAGCAGCUGCGGCGGCACAUCCAGGAGGUGACAUGACCAAGUUCCUGUCUCAGGAUGACAUUCAAAAAUUCAAGGAAUGUUUUUCUCUGUAUGAUAAGAAGGGAAGAGGAAAGAUCCUCACCGGGGACCUGAUGACCGUCAUGCGCUGUCUGGGAACAUGCCCCACCCCCGCUGAGAUCGGCCGCCAUCUGCAGAUCCAUAAGAUCGCCAAAGAUGGGGAAGUAGAUUUUUCUACAUUUUUGACCAUCAUGUACCGCCAACAAAUGCAGGAAGACCCAGAAAAUGAGAUCAUGGUCGCCAUGCUGAUGACUGACCGGCAAAAGAAUGGAUUAAUUCCAUUGGCUGAGCUCAAGGCCAAGCUUACCCAGAUGGGGGAGAAGCUAACCCCUGAGGAAGUUAACGAUCUUUUCCGAGAUGUUGAGGUGACCCCCAAUGGGAUGGUGAAAUAUGAGGCCUUCGUCCGGAAGAUCACACUCCCGAUGCCCGACUAUUAAAUCGCAGACCGUUUUAUUUUAUGUUUUCUUUUUGUUUACACGUUACAAAGUUCUCAACCACACCGUGCAUGACGGUCAUUGAUAAUCAGCAUGUUUUAUUGGCAGGAUUUCCCCCCCCUUCUGAGUCACCCCCUUUUCUCCACCCCCUACCCACCUCCGAGCACCUUCCCUUGGUUC